GACGUUGCUCCGAUUGGAUUCUCUCAUUAACUCCCUCCGCUCCAAAGGGGUCUGGAGGCUGGGAUGCCCUGGCGGCUUGGAGGAUGUUGACUCUAGAGUGGGAGUCGGAAGGACUUCAAACAGUGGGUAUUGUUGUGAUUAUAUGUGCAUCUCUGAAGCUGCUUCAUUUGCUGGGACUGAUUGAUUUUUCAGAAGACAGCGUGGAAGAUGAACUCGAAAUGGCCACAGUCAGGCAUCGGCCUGAGGCUCUUGAGCUUCUGGAAGCUCAGAGCAAAUUCACCAAGAAAGAGCUCCAGAUUCUUUACAGAGGAUUCAAGAAUGAAUGUCCCAGUGGUGUUGUUAAUGAAGAAACCUUCAAAGAGAUUUACUCUCAGUUCUUUCCGCAGGGAGACUCUACAACAUACGCACAUUUUCUGUUCAAUGCCUUUGAUACAGACCACAAUGGAGCUGUGAGUUUUGAGGAUUUCAUCAAGGGUCUUUCCAUUUUGCUCCGAGGAACAGUACAAGAAAAACUCAACUGGGCAUUUAACUUGUACGACAUAAAUAAAGAUGGCUACAUCACUAAAGAAGAAAUGCUGGAUAUCAUGAAAGCCAUAUACGACAUGAUGGGAAAAUGUACAUAUCCUGUCCUCAAAGAAGAUGCACCCAGACAACACGUGGAGACAUUCUUCCAGAAAAUGGACAAAAAUAAAGAUGGGGUGGUUACCAUAGAUGAGUUCAUCGAAAGCUGCCAAAAAGAUGAAAACAUAAUGCGUUCCAUGCAGCUCUUUGAAAAUGUGAUUUAACUUGUCAAAUAGCUCCUCAAUCCAACAGACAAAUGUGAACUAUCCUACCACACUUUAAGGCAGAGCUGUCACUUUAGCAUAGAUUGCUCAGCUUAACACUGAGGCAUAUUAUGCAAACAAGCUUUUUUUCAACAUGAAGCAAUCCCCGAGAGAAAUGAGUUUUCCAGUUAUAAAUUUGCAUCCUUUUCAUAAUGCACUGAGUUCAUGGGAUGUUCCAUAAGUCAUUUCAUACCCUGUGAAUAGUCCAAAGUAAUAGAACCUGGAGUAUAGGGUUUUCUUUUUUUAGAUUCUUUAGCCACGGGAUCACUGAGGCUUUCACUUACCAAAGUGAUUUUAAAAUAGCAGUGUUUUUUUGCUACAGGUUUGUAUGGAUUCAGACCCAGGAUUUUAAAUGGUUUUCUAAAAUAUUGGCAUCUGCGUUGAAUUUCCAGAA